CCGUUAGAAUAACAGUAUCAACUGUUAUUUGUCAUCUCUGUUGAUAGUUAAGUAAGAAGAUUAGUGCAGUUUUAAUUUAAUUAAAAGUAGUUUAAUAGUCAACUUCUGGUGAUUAAGAUAUCACCCAAUUGGAACUGAAGCUGGCCGGUCAUGUCGUCUUCGACCGAACGACACGACAUUUUAGAGUGGGUUCAAGGCCACGUUGACCUCUCUUCUUCUUCUCCAUCUCCCUCCUUCUACGACAUGUCGUCCUGAAACCAGAGCAUUUAAUUACACUGAACCAAAUAGCCACUUUAUACGCCACAUUCUCUUUAUAAAUUAAAGUUCUCCAUCGCCUCUGUUUUCCUCCAUUAAAACGACAACAUUCCUCUACUUCCCACGGGCUCUCAGUUUCUACCACUUGUCGUUUUGGGACCCAGAAGAUUUACAUUCAAAACAAUCCAAUGUCUUUAUUUUAGAGAAAGAGAGAGAGAGAAAAGAAAUUAUGUGUUCUUAUCAUCAAUUUUGUUUCUCUGUCUUCUGAUUGAGCUCUGUUUUGUCUUCAUUCUUUGGAGCUUUACAGUUUAUCUCGUUCAAUGAAUUAAAAUCCCUUCCCCCACAAAAAUAAUUUCUUCUCCUUUCUUUGACUUGAAACUUCCAAAUAUUAAUUUCAGUUCAAUAUGAUUAUUCUUCUUCCCCAAAACUCCCACAAAACAGAGCUCUGUGAAAUUUCUUUCUUUCUUCUUCUUCUUCUUCCCCGCCGUGGAAUCCAAAAAUGGUUGAUUCUUAUUCUUCUUCAACCCCUUUUACUCAGCCAACGCCCCACCCUGCAAAGUCAAGCUUGCCCAUGUUGUAUUACGGCCUCGUCGUCGUCGGGACGGCGGCGAUUGUACUGGUGGUUUAUAAUUUCAUCGUAAUCAGGUGGUGCUCCGACCGCCGUGGCCGAGGAUCGCCGGGGAUGGCCAGAAGUUAUGCGGAGAUGAUGAGUUCAAGCGGCAGCUUCCAGAGCUCGAGCAGGAAUUUGCUGUCCAGCUUCAGGUUUAAGAAGGGAACCAAGGCGGCGGCGGCGACGGCGGAAGAAGAAGGAAAUGGGCUAGAAUGUGCGGUUUGUUUGUCGGCGUUUGAGGAUGGGGAAGAGGUGAAGAAACUGCCGAGGUGCACCCACAUGUUCCACGCCCCCUGCAUAGACAUGUGGCUUUACUCUCACUCCGAUUGCCCCCUCUGCCGUGCGCCGGUGGCGCUCGCACCGGGGCUGUGUCAGCACCACACGGCGGCGGAGCAACCAGAAAAUUCAGGACAUGGGUUGUUGGAAUCCGGCGGCUUGGUUUAAAUAUUAAGAAGAAAAAAAAGGGUGGUUGUUUAUAAAUUGAAAUGGGUGGUUGGAUUUGGAAAAUUCUGAUUCUCUUGUGUGUAAUCAUGUUCUUUGGUGGUCCAAGGGAUGAGGAGGAUAAAUUGUGGUGUUUUUGUUCUGUAGGCCCUGUGAUUAGACGGCCAAUCUCUCUAUUAUGCAAUAUAGCUAUCAUAAUUUUACAAUUA